ACUUGUUUCCUCUUCUUCUUCCUCUUGCAGCUACAAACGACAGCAAACUCUCACUUUUUUUUUUUUUAAUUCUCUCUUUAUUUAUUGUUAUAAAAGUUUUUCCUCUGAUUCUUACAGUUAGCUGAAACCCCAAAAGUAUAUCCCUCAAAUGCAAAGCUUGUUGUUGAUUUCUUGAUCUUCUUCUUCUUCCUUUUUUUUUUUAUUCACAAUGGGAGCCUGCACUUCAAAGCCUUCAAAGCCAAACUCAUAUGCCACAAGAGAGAAUCUCCAGAAUGACUAUCCUGCCACUUCCCAAUUACCCAAAUCCCCUCCUCCUCCUCCUCUUCUCCCUCCGACCACACCUUUCCUCCCUUUGUACACCCCAAGCCCUGCCCACCGCCACCAAAAACCCAAGACUCCUUCCACUCCUCUCAGGUUUUUACGCCGUCCUUUUCCUCCUCCUUCUCCCGCCAAGCACAUUCGGGCUGUGUUGAGGCGCCGGAAGUCUAACAAGAAAGCCGAAAAUGAGGGUAAAAUUGUUGAAGGAGAGGAAGAAGAGGAGGAAGGAGUUGAGUUGGAUAAAAGAUUUGGGUUUUCAAAGGAGCUGAAGAGUAAGUUGGAAGUCAAAGAAGAAGUUGGCAGAGGGCAUUUUGGGUAUACUUGUUCUGCUAAGUUUAAGAAAGGAGAGUUUAAAGACCAGCAGGUUGCUGUUAAAGUUAUUCCCAAAUCCAAGAUGACAACAGCUAUUGCAGUUGAGGAUGUAAGAAGGGAGGUGAAGAUAUUGCGAGCCCUGACAGGACAUAACAAUCUAGUGAAAUUCUAUGAUGCAUUUGAAGAUCAUGAUAAUGUCUAUAUAGUAAUGGAGUUUUGCGAAGGAGGUGAGCUUUUGGAUAGAAUUCUUGCCAGGGGCGGAAAAUACUCUGAAGAUGAUGCAAAAACUGUGAUGGUACAGAUACUAAAUGUUGUUGCUUUUUGUCAUCUUCAGGGUGUGGUGCAUCGGGACCUUAAGCCAGAGAACUUUCUAUAUACUUCUAAGGAGGAGAACUCUCAGCUUAAGGCCAUAGAUUUUGGAUUGUCAGAUUUUGUCAGACCAGGUUUUUACUCUUCUUGCUCAGCUUCCUCCUGCUCAACCUUGCGGGAUUCUUUUAAAUAUCUAAUACUUAUGGUUUUUUCAGAUGAAAGACUUAAUGACAUUGUGGGAAGUGCAUACUAUGUGGCCCCUGAAGUUCUACAUAGAUCUUAUGGUACAGAAGCUGAUGUUUGGAGUAUAGGCGUAAUAGCAUAUAUUCUUUUAUGCGGUAGUCGUCCAUUUUGGGCUAGGACCGAAUCCGGAAUUUUUCGAGCAGUCCUAAAAGCUGAUCCAACUUUUAACGAAGCGCCUUGGCCUUCCUUAUCUUCAGAAGUUAAGGACUUUGUUAAGCGCCUUUUGAAUAAGGACCCCAGGAAAAGAAUGACAGCAGCUCAGGCUCUAUGUCAUCCUUGGAUCCGGAGUCAUAAUGAUGUUAAGGUCCCUCUUGACAUUCUAGUAUUUAGGCUUAUGAAGGCAUAUAUGCGAUCAUCAACUUUACGGAAGGCUGCUUUAAAGGCACUGUCUAGGACAUUGACUGAGGAUGAACUCUUUUACAUGAGAGAGCAAUUUGCAUUAUUCGAGCCCAAAAAUGGUAGCAUAACCUUGGAGAAUAUUAAGACGGCCCUGAUGAAAAAUGCAACAGAUGCAAUGAAGGAUUCACACGUUCCGGAUUUUCUUUUCUCACUUAAUGCACUUCAAUACAGAAGAAUGUGUUUUGAAGAAUUUUGUGCAGCUGCAUUAAGUGUUCAUCAGCUUGAGGCACUUGAUCGUUGGGAACAACAUGCCCGUUGUGCGUACGAGCUUUUUGAGAAGGAUGGAAACAGGCCUAUCGUGAUCGAGGAACUUGCUUCUGAACUUGGCCUUGGACCCUCCAUUCCAGUUCAUGCUGUUCUUAAUGACUGGAUAAGGCAUACGGAUGGGAAGUUAAGUUUCCUCGGGUUUGUGAAGUUGUUGCGCGGUCCAUCCAGUCGAGCCCUUGCGAAGGCACAAUGAUGUCGCAAGGGAUGUUGGUCACUCAAGGCUGUACUAAUAAUAAUGCCAUUUUGGUCGAAUAUCGAAUACAAUCGGACAAGAUGUGGCUUUGAUUCCGUGUAAAACUGGAUAUCGAUCUCUCUUUUAAGUCGAGAGACUCAGGAAGCAUGCUUCUUUUUGACAUCCGAGGCCUAGCAUCAUCAGCUCAGAUUAUGAGGCUUCAAUUUUAUGCUAAUUCUUUUGAGUUUGAAAGUCAGAAAAGAUAUCAUUGACAAUCACUAUGUAAUAUAAUAUAUAUAUAUAUAGUUUGCAUUACUUGAAUGGGUUAUAUCUA